UUUAAUAUUUCUGCUUGCAAGAGGCCUCAUGUGAUCGAGUUGAAAAGGUUGAAUUAUUGCCUAACUAAACCUCAAUUUGGAAUCCCACCAAUGCCUAUCUUGUUCGGAGAAAAAAAAAUGAGAAUUAAUUCACCAUCCGGCUGGUACUUGUCAUCAAAAAUAUCAGAAUCAUAGGCGCGUGAAAUCAUCAUGAAAUAAACCCGCCACAUACCUGAAUUCAUGAGAACGGAAUGAGAAGGGGGAUGCUAAAUGUUGAGAGGUGAAAAGAUUGGAAAUGUGGAGCCCACUUCUUGAGUUUUCCAGUAGUUGCGAGAGGAUUUUCCUUAUCCUCUUCGGCAUGCCCAAAGUCCCGUCAUAUCUCAACGCACGCUUCCAAACCUCUCCCCAGACGUGCUUCUGAAAUAAAGCACUUUCUAAGCCAGAAAAGAAAGGAGAGCAGCCAUCUCAUUAAGACCAUACCCUUGAAAAGUUCCCAUCACUUUCCAGCGGCCUUUUUACCCUACUCUCAUGAAUUUGUGUAUGGGUGGAGCUGCUCCCGUAUCAACUGAACCCACCAAAUUCCCAGCAGCUCAUGAGAUUGCGUUGAAGCCGCUCGUCCAAAAUCUCUUCCUCCUCCUGUUUCUUCUUCCUGGUUGAUAAAAAAUUCUCGUGUUCGUGCCGGACGGAGCGUCGUUCUUCUCGCGCGCUACCUGAAAUCUUCUGCAAGAUCUCAUGCAUCUUAAAAUGCUGUAAGUUUACUCCGUUCAUACUUGUUAUCUGGCACGGAUUUUGGAAUGGAAAACAUUCAGAACAACUCCAUGAGGCUCGCUUUAUCAGUAUUGAGCACUUUGCUUGUAACUGCAUGUGGAGAUGCAUCCACGAAUUCCGAGGCACUUCUUCAAAUAAAGUCCGAAUUCAUCGACCUGGAAGGAGUUCUUUCUAAUUGGUCCUUGGGGGGUGGCGAUAUCUGUAGCUGGAAUGGCGUCGCAUGUUUGGCAAGCCGGAGCCAUGUCCUGGGUCUGAACUUGUCGGGCCAUGGGCUGUCUGGUUCGAUAUCAUCGAAGAUGGGAAGCCUAGUUUCCCUGCAAACUCUCGAUCUAUCUUCGAAUUCCCUCACCGGAGCGAUCCCUCCCGAGCUCGGUUUGCUCAAGAACCUCAGGGAACUGUUUCUGUACUCCAAUUCUCUCUCCGGCCCGAUCCCUCCGGAGCUCGGCCUUCUGAAGAAGCUCAAAAUUCUCAGAAUAGGAAACAACGGGCUAUCGGGAGAGAUUCCACCUCACCUUGGUAGCUGCACCGAACUAGAGAUUCUGGGUCUUGCUUCUUGCCAGUUGAAUGGGACGAUCCCGAAGGAGAUGGGAAAUUUGAAGCAUUUGAAAUCGCUCAACUUGCAGAAUAACAGGCUCGGCGGUCUGAUCCCGCCAGAACUCGGUGGUUGCGGCGAACUUCAGGUCCUGUCAGCGGCCGCCAACAGGCUGGAAGGAGGGAUUCCUUCUACCGUUGGAGGACUGAAUGCACUGCAAAUUCUCAAUCUGAUGAAUAACCAGCUGUCCGGAUCCAUCCCCAUCGAGCUUGGAAACCUUUCGAGCCUGACAUACCUGAAUUUGCUCGGCAACAGACUGAGCGGCGCCAUUCCUCCUGAAUUGAAUCAACUGAGACAGCUGCAAAUUUUGGACUUGUCGGAUAAUGAUCUAUCUGGAGCCAUCGACCUCUCCACCAGGCAUCUCAACAGUCUGGAGUAUUUAGUCCUCUCUAAAAAUUCCCUCCAUGGCGGAAUCGACGAGAACCUCUGUCCCGAGAGCGCAAGCCUGCGGAAUCUCUUCCUCGCCGAAAACAACCUCACAGGCACGAUGGAAGGACUCCUCAACUGCGCUUCGCUCCGAUCGCUGGAUCUCUCGAACAACAGCCUGAGUGGAAGUAUACCAUCGGAUAUAGACCGCCUCGCAAACCUGGUCGACCUCGUUCUCCACAACAACAGCUUGGUAGGAGUGCUGCCGCCCCAGGUAGGAAACAUGAGCGACUUAGAAAUGCUCUCGGUCUUCCACAAUGGGCUCACAGGUGAGAUUCCAGCUGAAAUUGGGAGGCUGCAGAGGCUGACGCUCCUUUAUUUAUACGAGAACCAGAUGGCAGGGACCAUCCCGAGAGAGCUGACAAACUGUUCGCGCUUAGAAGAGAUCGAUUUCUUCGGGAACCACUUCACCGGGCCGAUCCCUGAGACCAUGGGAAGGCUCGAGAACUUGGUCGUGCUCCAGUUGAGGCAGAAUGAGCUGUCGGGCCCCAUUCCUCCAAGCUUGGGCUACUGCAGGAGGCUUCAGGCGCUGGCAUUGGCCGAUAACCAGCUUUCUGGGGCUCUGCCUCGCACCUUGGGAUUCCUCGCCGAGCUCCGCCUCGUCACGCUGUACAACAACUCGCUAGAAGGACCUCUCCCGGAGUCGGUCUUCCGGCUGAAAAAUCUCGCCAUCAUCAACUUCUCCCACAACAGGUUCGCCGGAAGCAUCUCCCCCCUCCUGGGCUCGAGAGCCCUCGCCAAAAUGGACCUGACCAACAAUAGCUUCUCCGGCGCAAUUCCUCCGGUGCUCGGUGAAGCAAGGAACCUGACCCGUCUCCGACUGGGCCGCAACCUCUUGAGCGGCACGGUCCCGGCUGAGGUAGGCCGGCUGGAGGGGCUCGGCUUCCUCGAUCUGUCAUCCAACAAUCUCACAGGUGGAAUCCCGCUCGAGCUCUCGGAAUGCAGGCAGCUGACCCACCUCCUCCUCGGCGGGAACAGGUUGACGGGCACGAUUCCUCGUUGGUUCGGAAGCUUGCGCUCUCUUGGAGAGCUCGACCUUUCGUCCAACGACUUCCGUGGCGACGUACCAGCGGAGCUCGGGAACUGCUCGGGCCUCCUUAAGAUCUCUCUCCAUGACAACAGGCUCUCGGGCAUCAUCCCGCCGGAGAUGGGACGUCUCACUUCUCUGAACGUUCUUGCUCUGCAGAGGAACCAUCUCUCGGGUCCGAUACCUUCCGCGAUUCAGCAUUGCGACAAGCUCUACGAGUUGCGGCUCUCCGACAACUUCCUGUCGGGCUGGAUACCGCCGGAGCUGGGACAGCUGACCGAGCUGCAAGUGGUACUAGAUUUAAGUCGAAACCAUUUAUCUGGAGGAAUCCCUCCUUCGCUCGGCCAUCUGAUCAAACUGGAGAGACUCGACGUCUCUUUCAAUCGGCUCCAGGGACCGAUACCUCCCUCCCUCGAGCGACUCACCAGUCUCCACCAACUGAACCUAUCGAAUAAUCUUCUCCAGGGUCCGAUCCCCGCCGCGCUGUCAAACUUUCCAUCCAGCUCCUUUCUGGGGGGCAAUCAGCUCUGCGGCGCGCCACUGGCUUCAUGCACCCCUCUCUCGGGCUCCGACGCGAAGCGCUUGUCGAAUGCCCAAGUGGCAGGCAUCACGGCAGCGAUAGCCUUUGUUUCAGCUGCGGUCUGUUUGGUGCUGCUGUAUAUAAUCAUCAGGAUGUGGAGCGAUUGGAGGGAAGUCUCCGUUUCGAACUCGGACGGCGAGGAGCAGGAGGCAAAUCAGGAGAACAAAUGGAGGGGAGAUGGCAGCCAAAAGGUCGGAAGAAGGUAUUGGAGGGUCCACUCCAUGUGCGUGGCUGCUGCUUCCCCAGACGACAAACGGAGCUCCACAUCCGAGGCAUGCAUCCUUCGCCAGAUCAUGCAAGUGGACAAACUCGUGGGUGCGAGCCAAGUUCUUUAGUGGGAUCGGAUGCAGUGGCUCUCUCGUCUUCGAGAUCACUUUCCUCUUUCAUGCAUCUCUCGUUCUGGCAAGCGGGUGCGGGGGGCCGACAUGGAGCUAGCUUCGGUCCCCCGGCUUUUUCCUUUUAGCUUUUCUGUGCGGAGAAUUUUCGUUUUGGAGGUCAAAAGAUCGCAUGAUUGUGUUGGAUUCUGCACCCUGUUUGGAUGCUAAUUAUCUGCUUAAUAAAGUUCUUCAAAAUGCCACGAUCACUUUAAUC